AUUGUAAGGAAAUGGACCUUCGUCUGACACUCCUGUUGAUCGGUCUCUGCAGCCAAGGACUCACUAAUGCUGAGGUGGCAGACUCAAUCCCUUUGAUGCCUCUCAUUCCUUUGAUUCCCAGCAUCCCCAUAGAGACAGUAGAAAAUGGAAGUACAGCACAACCUGGAAACGCACCGACCACAGAAUCACCUGUAAAUACGGAAACUAUAACUAGUAAGCCCAACGGGAGUUCAUCAGAGGAAGGAAAAGAUGAAGAUUGUCUGUCUAUCGGGCGAAGGCCACAGUCCAGGGAGACCAUCGCCGCAGCCAUUCAGAAACUGGGUGUGCAGCUGCUGCAGAACCUGGAGACAACGCCAGAGCAGCCAAAUGUCAUCAUAUCUCCUUUGAGCAUAUCAUUAGCGCUCUCCCAACUGGCUUUAGGCUCAGUAAAUGAGACCGAGGAGCUGCUGAUGCGCCAUCUCCACAAAAACACUCUCCCCUGCUACCACCAGUCUCUGCAUAAUGUCUUGGCGCAGCUCAGAGACAAUGACCUGCAAAUUGCUACACGUAUCUUCCUCCGCCAAGGGUUUGAGCCAAAGCAAGACUUUGUGGAUGAAUCCCUGCGAUUAUAUGACUCAGAACCAGCAGUGUUGGAGAGCCUGCAGCAGAUAAACGACUGGGUAGAGAACGCAACAAACGGAAAAAUGACUGAUUUCCUGUCUGCUUUACCACCCAAUCUGCUCCUCAUGCUCAUAAAUGCUGUCCAUUUCAAAGGAGAGUGGAAAUCUCGUUUUGACCCGCGCUUUACUUCUAGAGGUGUGUUCUACCUUGACGAUAAGCGCAUGGUUGAUGUUGAAGUGAUGGAAGAUGCCAAACAUCCGUUGAGUUUAUUUAAUGAUAUUGAACUGGAGGCUCAGGUAGCGAGUUUCCCUUUCCAGAAGUUAAUGAGCUUGUUGGUGGUCAUGCCUAUGUCUGGCCAGGUGAAUGUGUCUUCACUUUCCGCAAAGCUGAAUAUCUCUGACCUGUAUCAUCGUCUGCCCAAGGAGAGGGCCGUUCAAGUUAAAGUCCCCAAAUUCAAACUGGAGUAUGCUCAAGACCUAAAGGAUGUUUUUACUGAAUUGGGGCUCGGAGAGAUGUUUUCCAGACCCAACUUGGCUGGAAUGGCAGACGGCCCCCUGCUGGUCUCCAGUGUGAUGCAUAAGUCCAGCAUGGAGAUAAACGAGGAGGGUGCAGAGGCUGCUGCAGCCACCACGGUGGUCAUCUCACGAGCAUCUAACCCUGUUUUCCACCUCAGCCAACCUUUCUUCUUUGCCCUUAUAGAUGAUAUGACUGAAGUGCCAAUUUUCAUGGGUGUCAUUAACAACCCAAAUCCUGGAGCUCCUAUUUUGCAUCGAGGAGCUAUUGGAAGCAAGGAUAAAGUGGGAUUCCCAAUUGAUAAGAAUCAAGUUGGCUCAUUUAAAGUCCCACCUAAGUAG